CACUCAUAGAGGGACAGACAAAGUUAUUCCUCCUCUUAAAGGAUAUACAGCAAAAUGGUAUCCCAGAAAUGUCAAAUCCUGGGCCUCAUUCUGGCACUGAUUGGCUUCGUGGGCACCAUAGUCAUCUGUGGUUUACCAGCCUGGAAGAUGUCGGCUUUCAUCGGAGCCAAUAUCGUGACGUUCCAGGUCUACUGGGAAGGCUUAUGGAUGGAUUGCGUGGUUCAAACCACAGGCCAGAUGCAGUGCAAGGUCUAUGACUCCAUGCUUAUUCUUCCUGUACAUCUGCAGGCAGCUCGAGCCUUGAUCAUUGUUGCGCUUGUUGUUGGAAUCCUUGGAAUUAUCGUAACCAUCAUAGGAGGCAAAUGCACCAGUUUUGUACAGGAUGAAAGUGCUAAGGCUAGGAUUGCCAUCGCUAGUGGGAUCAUCUUCAUCAUCACAGGGAUUCUCGUUCUCAUUCCAGUGUGCUGGACCAUAAACGCUGUUGUCAGAGAAUUUUACAACCCCUCCAUUAUAGAUGGCCUAAAGAAGGAACUGGGACCUUGUCUUUAUAUCGGUUUUGGAAGUGCUGCACUGCUCAUCGCAGGAGGAGCCGUCCUCUGUAGCUCAUGUCCACCAAAGGAUGAUACUCCCUAUCAUGUGAAAUACUCUCCAGCCAAGUCUACAAUGAGCAGCAACAAGGUUUAUGUAUAAGAAGAACACACAUUUGGUUUUCGGGUCACUUUAGAGGACUGGUAAAAUGAUGGGGCAACUGAAUCAAGAAACUUCUUAGCACUAUACAGUGUGUGUUAGUGGUUAUCAGUGCUGCUAUCAGUAGUAAGUGCAUCAGAAGAAAUGUAGCUAUAAGCUUGUGAUUACAGUAAAAUAUAAAAUGUCAUCAAGUAACAUUAUGGGCUUUUUGCUGACUAACAACAAAUCUUAUCAAACAUAAAAAAUCUUAAAUUGUGAUCACUGCCAUAUAAUCUAUUUUGUAGAAUUUCAUAAGCAAUAAGGCUAUAUGCAUAACUUUUAUGUAUUAUAUGUACAUGCUUAUUUAUAUGGCAACUUUCGAAAAUUACUGAAUUACUGCUUAGUCUCCGAAGGUCAGACUGACUUUAAUGAAGGAACUGGGACCUUGUCUUUAUAUCGGUUUUGGAAGUGCUGCACUGCUCAUUGCAGGAGGAGCCGUCCUCUGUAGCUCAUGUCCACCAAAGGAUGACACUCCCUAUCAUGUGAAAUACUCUCCAGCCAAGUCUACAAUGAGCAGCAACAAAGUUUAUGUAGAAGACGGACACAUGUUUGGUUUUACAUUAGGUUCACUUUAGGGGACUGGUAAAAUGAUAGGGUAACUGAUUCAAGGUUACUUCUUAACACUGUCCUGUGUCAUUCAAUUUAAAGAAAAUAAUUAUAAAACACACGGUAUAAUAAUAUUUAUAAUUCAGUAAUAAUAUUUAAUUUUAAUACUUUUGGAUUUCUUUAUUUGUUAAUGAUGCUACUUUGUGCACUUUGGGUUUCCUCUGUGUUCUCCGGUUUAAGAUUCAAGAAGACUUCUUUAAUGAAUCUUGUGUAAUUGAUGCUAAAAUCAUAAUUGUAAAAAAUUAUGAAUUUGAAGCAAACUCGUCAGAUGUUUAAGACACAAAUAAAACUUCUGUAUUUUAACAAAGUAUUGUAAAAAGGCUGUUUUGGUAAGUGGGAAUAAAUAAAUCAUUACUAAAGGCAAAGACA